UAUUAAAAGCCCGUCGCUGGCGAGCGGGGCAUGUUAGCGAAUUUUAGCACGUAACGAACUUAGCCGGCACUGUAUUGAGGCUUUAACUUGUGUUGUAUAUUGACCGAGGAACGAACCCCUAACUGACUGACGGCCUGCAGGGCCAACACCUGCGCCAUGGGGCGGGGGUUACAAUUUUUUAUUUUGGCGUCUCUGGUCAUAACGGUGAUCAACGGGGAAUCCCCAAAGAACGUCACAAAGGCAGAUAUAGAAAAAAAUAUACGAGGAGCACGUCAAUACGAUCAAACGUACCCUAACGACAAUGAAGUUGUAGUUGAUAUACAAGACGACGAGAAAAAGCAAUACUAUGAAACCAAUUACGAUACAAGUGCAUACGGCUUUGGCUACGACGUUGGUCCGAACGGCCAGUUCCAUCACGAGAACCGCGGCCCGGACGGAGUGACGUAUGGUUGCUAUGGUUAUGUCGACCCUGACGGCUACCUACGCGCUACGCACUACGUGGCCGAUAGUCACGGGUACCGCGUGGUCGAGCCGGAGAAGCCAGUCGAAGUCUUCCCCGAUGAGAAGCAUGAAUACGAUGAAAAUGACGUAUCUGGAUCAACACCAGCCAUACCUGGGCAAACGAUACCAUGGGAGAAACUGUACUUCCCGAAAGGUUGUGGGCGUACACCCGGUGGUGUGCCCCCAAGGCCGCCGCCGAAACCGACACGCCCGCCUCCCACCGUUGCACCGCGCCCUCCGCCCGACAGCGCCGGACAGACAAGCAACCCUAAACCAGGAGUCUUGCCACCAGGUGGAGGUGCUUCAAAUGGACCCAAUGGCCCAUAUGGACCCGGUUAUUACCCGGGAACUCCUGGCUCCCCGGGGACACCGGGCACUCCAGGCACUCCAGGCACUCCCGGUACACCGGGUAGUCCAGGCUCUCCAGGCACUCCAGGCGGACCUGGUGGACCAGGCGGCCCCGGAGGACCAGGCGGACAAUAUGGACCAAGUGGCUCUGGGCCAAACGGGCCUGAAGGCUCCAACGGACCUAACGGGCCAAGUGGUCCUAACGGACCGUACGGACCAGGAGGCCCCAAUGGACCAUACGGACCUGGAGGUCCUAACGGACCGUAUGGUCCUGGAGGACCCAAUGGACCAGGAGGGCAAGGAGGUUAUUACCCCGGCACACCAGGCACACCAGGCAGCCCAGGAAGUCCUGGUGGACCAGGCGGACCAGGAGGACCAGGCGGACCUGGUGGACCAGGCGGUCCUGGCGGCCCAGGUUCAGGUUCUGGAGGCGGUUACUACCCAGACAAUGGACAAGGUCAAGGUGGCCCUGGAUCUGUAGGUUCGGGAUCAGGGCCCGGCUCAGGCGGUGGAUACUAUCCAGGCGGUGGACAAGGACAAGGGCCUAGUGGAUCCGGUGGGGGAUACUACCCAGGAGGCGGACAAGGACAAGGUGGUCCAGGCUCUGGAGGCGGGUAUUAUCCAGGCAGUGGACAAGGUGAUAAAUCUUUAUUCAGAUAUUUGUUCAGCCAUAUGCAAUCGUCUAAACCACUUUACUACUAA